AUGGCGGAGGGUACCAGAUUGAGGGAUCUAAGCGAACAUCUCGCAACUUUGGAGGGAAAACUGCAGAAGCUCACCACGGAUUAUCAGGGGAAGGUGAGGGAGCUGUCGAGCCAAAUAUUGGAGGUUAAGGAGGUGGGGCAGAAGCACUAUGAAGAUUUACAAGCUGAGGCAACAAAAAGGCAUGACAUGGUGCUUAGAGAUAACACAACCAGACAUGAGGAGCUACUGAAACUUCUGUCAAACCACGUUCUACCAUCAAAAAUGGUGAGCCGGGAUAAUGAGGAUCCCAACGAACUACGAUUCCAGAAUCACAAGUUGGUGGGGAGUUCCAGUCAGGGAAGGAUUAGAGAAAACAAGGGAAAAGGAAUACUACCUGCCCCUGAGAUAGAUGCGGAGUUCGAUAACGACGGAAGGAGUAACAGAGGGAGUGUCCGAUACACUAAUCAACAACAUAUGCCCUUGCCAAAGUUAGAGUUUCCUUACUUCAGUGGAGAUGAACCCGGAGCGUGGAUCGAGAAUUGUGAACAGUACUUUGAAGUUUAUCAAAUUCCCCAACACCAAUGGGUUGGAAUAGCGGGUAUGCAUCUGAAGGGAAGGGCGAGGUCGUGGAAGCAAAGUUACUUUGUAAACAGGCCUAGAGUCACCUGGGGAGAGUUUAUAGAGGCUCUUAACAGAAGGUUUGCCCAAGUCGGCGAGCGGUAUCUAGUGAGGGAGUUCAGCAACCUGAAGCAAACAGGUACAGUGGAAAAGUACCAAGAUAAAUUUGAAGAGCUCAAAACACAGCUUCUGAGUUACAAUCCUCAGCUGACCGAGGAAUACCUAAUAGCAUGCUAUAUUAAUGGGCUUAAGGAGGAGCUUAUCCCAUUUCUGGACAUAGCGCAUCCCAACACCUUGGAGGAGGCCUAUGAACAAGCUACCUUGCAUGAAAGAGCACUGUCGGCCAUGAGCAGGAAGUGGAGGGGUAACUACAAACCCAUAACCCAACAGCCGCAGCUUACCAAUACUAAGACCGCGACGGGGGGAACAGGGGUUGUCACCCAACCGAAGGGUUCGGGUAAUCAGUACCCUAGCAGUAACAGGCAAUUAAUCGAACAAAGGAGAGCAGCGGGACUGUGCUUUAAAUGUGGAGAGAAGUACCAACCGGGGCACCAGUGUUCCCUUAAGGGCUUGAAUCUUAUCCAGGGGGAGGAUGAUCUCUUGGAAAUCUAUGAUGAAUCUUGUAUUACAGAGGAACGAGAGGACGCAGAGGAAGGGAGGAACACUAAGGAGACAGAUGGGGACAUUCGAGAAUUGGGGGUGUCGGUGCAUGCCCUCAGUGGAGGAAAGACGCAGGAUACUAUCAAGGUGCCAGGUGAAUCCAAAGGCAAAACGUUAACAAUAUUAAUAGAUACGGGAAGCACUCACAGUUUUAUCGAUAUCCAAACUGCUCGAGAGAUUAAGGCGCGACUUGUAGCGGCAGCUCCUCUGGUUGUUACGGUAGCAAAUGGCCAGAAGGUACUUAGCAAGUUACAAUGCCCCGAGUUCACAUGGACCAUGCAAGGACAGGAGUUUAAGGCUGAUCUGCGAGUCAUUAGAUUGGAGGGUUCCAGUGUAUUGCUGGGAAUUGAUUGGCUAAGAGUGUAUGGGAAGGUUACAUUUGAUUUCCAACAGAACUCCAUAACAGUUACCAAGGAUGGGCAAGCACUGGUGCUUAAGGGAAUGGGGGAACAGGCUAAGCUACAGCUGAUUACUGCGGGCCAGUGGUAUCAGGAGUUGCAACUGGGGGAAUGCUGUGUACUAAGUCCAAUCAGUAUUGAAGCCGCAUCUGAAGGGGAGCCAGAAUUACCUCCCGAGCUUAAGGAGGUCUUGAACCAAUAUUCUGAUGUCUUUGAGGAGCCCAAGGAGCUACCCCCACAAAGAUCCAGUGAUCACAAGAUACCCUUGCAACCAGGUGCAACUCCGGUUAACAUCCGACCUUACAGACAUGCACAUGAACAAAAGGGGGAAAUUGAAAGACAAAUAAAGGAGAUGCUAGAAGCUGCCAUCAUACGGCCAAGUAACAGCCCUUUCGCCUCUCCGGUAUUAUUAGUCAAGAAAAAGGACGGUACUUAG